AUGGCCCACAGGCCGCGCGAAGUGCUUUCCCAAGCCGAACGUGGUGCGCUUAGAGAACUCAAUGCUGACAAGGAUCUGGUCAUCGUGCCAGUGGACAAUGGGUGUUCCAUGGUUGUAUUGGAAAGGACAGACUACCUUCAAAAAGUCAAAGGUUUACUAGAAGACCGACAAUUCCAUGUCCCAUGGGCAAUCAACCCUAUAAAAACGCUGACACGCGAAAUUAAUGCUAUGUUGCUGGCCUUGGAGAACUCAAGUGCAAUACCACCGUCCGACAGACGCAUGGCGAGACCCCGAGACACGGCUUUAGCCCGAUUAUAUGGCCUCCCUAAGGUUCACAAAGAGGGCGCUCCUCUCUGGCCAAUCGUGUUGCUGAAAGGUACUCCAACGAACGGAAUGACAAAGUGGCUGUUCCGGCGUCUAACGUUUCUGACCACUGAGUCAGGCACCACGGUCUCUUCGCCACCACAAUUCCUAGAGAAACUGAAAGCGAUAAGCCUCCACCUAAAUGAAAUCAUGGUAUCUUUUGAUGUUACGUCCCCUUUUACUUCUCUUCCCCAGGAUCUGACGAUCGAGACCAUCGAGCUACUCUUCCGAGAAGAAUACAACGAGACGAAGAAUCGUCUUAGACACGCCCAAGUCCUUCAGCUCCUGAAGCUCUGUUCCAGGACGUACUUCACGUUCGACGGGACACUCCACGAGCAGGGGAAGGACACGCCAAUGGGUUCGCCGAUUUCGGGAUUCCUCGCCGAGGCGGUCCUACAACGGUCGGCGUUACUGGUUUUCAAACAUCACAAACCGAAAUUUUUGGCUCGGUAUGUGGAUGAUACUGUCGUCGUCAUCGAACCGGAUCAGAUGCUGACAUUCGAAGAACGUCUCAAGGCGAUCUUCCCGGACAUAAAAUUUACGAUGGAAGAGGAAGAAACCCACCAGCUGGCCCUCCAGAAUGUCCUCGACUGUCGCAAUGGUUGUGUUGUCCUAAAGACCUAA